GUACCCGUUUGGUUCAACUUUUAGAGCCUAAAAGUUGCGUUUUGCAAAACGCUGGCCCAAAAAUUGCGUUUGGUUAUUACAAAACGCAACUUUGGGUCAAAAGUUGCGUUUUAAAAAACGCCCAAAACGCGCAUCAGCCCUUAUGCGAAGCAUCAGGUCCAUUUUCCAAAAGUCUUUGGGCGUUUUGGGGUAUCCGUUGGGGUGAGCAGGCAAUUACGAAAUUACCCUUCAAAUGCUCAUGUCUUCAGAGAUCGCACAGGCAUUUCACUUUGGGUCUCUCUGCUCUGCGCAAGCUCCUUCGUUCCUCUCAUCUCUGUGCUGCUACAAGUAACAACUUUCCGCGCGUAGAGUUUUGAUCAAAAAAACCCCAAGCAACACGGAUCUGCUACCCAAAGCCACCAGCUUAAACCAAUAUGGAUGAUUAUAAUGGUACUCAUGAGAGUGGCCAUUUUAUGGAACUAUUAAUGGAUGGAGAUUACAGAAAUUACUGUGAUGAUUUUGAUGAUGGUGAUUAUAACAAUGUUGACAAUAAUGAUAAUGGUGAUAACAAUGAUGAUGAUGAUGGUGAGAGUAGUGACAGUGAUGAUGACAGUGAUAGUGAUUCUGAUGAUGAUGAUAGUAAUGAUGAUUCUGAUGAAGAGUUUUACCAGCUUGUGGCAGUUACUUGUGAAGCAGUUGUGACAUAUUUCAAUAAGUACAUUAAUAAGACUCCUUGUUAUGAUUCUGAACAAACAGGGUGGGUUUGGGUGAGACGUUGUAUGGAAGGUAAUGAGAAAUUGUGUUACAAUAUGUUUAGAAUGAAAAAGGAGGUGUUUCAUAAUUUGUGUCAAGUUUUACAACAUGAUUAUGGACUUGAACAUACAAGGAAUAUAAGGUUAGAAGAGUCAGUGGCAAUCUGUUUACUGAUACUUGGUCAUGGAACAUGUAACCGAAUGGUUCAAGAAAUAUUUCAGCAUUCAGGUGAAACCAUAAGUAGGCAUUUUGAGAAGAUGAUAACUCUGUUGGGUGCUCGCUUUGCAGCUGCAUAUGUAAAGCCUUCGGAUCCAACUUUUAGUGAAGUUCCAACCAAAAUACAAGACCAUCCAAUUUAUUGGCCACAUUUCAAAGAUUGCAUCGGUGCGAUUGAUGGCACACAUGUGAUGGCGGUUGUACCUACUGAGAAGUCCAUUCCGUACUUUGGAAGAAAGGGAUAUCCAACCCAAAAUGUGAUGGCUGCAUGUGACUUUGAUAUGUUAUUCACAUUUGUUUUGCCUGGAUGGGAAGGUGCAGCACACGACACCUCUAUUUUUCUUGAUACUAUUCGUAAACAAAGUAACAACUUUCCGCACCCACCACCAGGAAAAUAUUAUGUAGUUGAUUCUGGAUACCCAAUGAUGAAAGGCUAUUUGGCACCAUACAAGGGGAUAUCAUACCAUCUUCAGGAAUUUCGAAGGAGAGGUGGAAGCCCUAGAACUAGACAUGAAAAAUUUAAUCAUGCUCACUCAUCUCUUCGAUGUACGAUUGAGCGCACUUUUGGUGUGUGGAAGAAUAAAUGGAGAAUUAUCAGAAACAUGCCAUCUUUUCCAUUCCAUAUCCAAAUACUUAUUGUAUCUGCUACUAUGGCUCUUCAUAAUUUUGUUAGACUAAAUGAUAGGGAUGAUAUGGGCUUUAUAAACGCCACUCAAGAUUCAAUUUCUAGAAGAGAACAUAAUAGUGAAGCAGGUAGCAGUUAUGAGCAGAAUUCAGGAACUUUAACAGACCCUGCGAUGGUGGUUCUUCGUGAUUCCAUUGCUAAUUCCAUUUGGGAGGAUAAUAAUUAGUAGUUGUCUUUUUUUUUUUUUUUUUUUUUAAUAUUAUGUAGUACAAUUUAAACUUGGGUUAUUGGUAUGUAUUUUAUCAUAUUUUUUUACAUUUUUAUGUAGUACAAUUUAAUCUUGGAUUAUUGGUGUA